CUUUGUGAAAGAAUAAGUGUUUUAAUAAUAGUAUUGAACAAAGGAACAUGCUCUGUAUUACCCUAAUUCUAACAUGUUUAACGUCAUCAGUUACACCUCAUAAUAUAUUAUACACAGCCUAUCAAAAACCAUACACAUCAAUAUUCAGCGAAGAACAGGUCAUCUUCACAACAAAUCAUAACAUAACCAAGCUAUUAGUACCAGCUGAUGGAAUUUCAUACAUCCAACAUUCAGACAUACCAUCCAUAUUCUUUACGGUUCACGACAAAAAUUUGGAAGGCGAACAUUGUAUUUACGUACUAGAAGGAUUGGCUGCAUAUGAAAUCCUAGAAGGUGGAAGAGAUUCAACAUCAGAUUAUGGAUCCGAUAAAGCUAUAUACUUCGGUGCUAAAGACGGGGUAUACGUAUAUGAUGCAGCCAGCCUAUCAGCCAAGAAAUUCGGCCCCUUCCGUGACGACAUCGUCCAAAUACAAAAAGCAAACGGUUCAGAUAUUAUCUUCUAUUUAACAACACAAAACAGAAUAUACAAACUUGAGAAACACGGAAUGGUCAGAACUAAAAUAACGUCAAUAAUAUGUGCGUUGGAAUUCGUUCUGGACACCUCGAAUAAUAUUUACUAUUUAGCUUGUGAAGACAAAUUACCCAGAGUUGUAACACCAAAUGGAGAUUUAAUAUCAUUUUUCUCUAGUGUAACUGGUGAUUUUAGUGACGUAAAACUUUUAAGACCUGCAUUUAUUAUGGACAGUUGUGUACCAUUUUUUGCUGAUGACGUUCUCUAUAUAAUGUACUCCAAUGGAACGAGUGAGAAAAAAGACUUUCAUAUAAAGGAAAAACCAUCAGCAUUUAGCAUUGAUUCUAUGUUGUAUGUAGUAGCAGCUAUUAAUGGUAAAAUUUAUGAAUUUAAUGUAUUGGAGAUGUUACUGAAAUCAAUGUUUAAAGUACCAUCGCACUGGUCUAUUAAUUUAAAGAAUAUUAUCAUGUCAGUGAUAGAUUCAAAGGACAGCAUGUAAUACGAGUAUUGAGUUAAUCAAUUUCUUGCAUUUUUACGCAUUGUUAUAUUUUGUUACGU